AUGGUCUCUCCCAAGCUUUCUCGUUUCCUCUCAGACUUCACGCUCGGCUUCUCAGAUGGCCUUACAGUACCAUUCGCCUUGACCGCCGGUCUCAGCUCCCUUGGCCGCAGCGAGACGGUCAUCUACGCCGGUCUCGCGGAGAUAUGCGCGGGAUGCAUCAGCAUGGGAAUUGGUGGCUAUUUGGCAGCGCGGGACUCUUCACAUAAUGACUCGUCAACGGUGCAGCCAUCACCGGUAGAUGAAGAAGAACAGGGCAUGCUGUCGUCGGCAGGAAGACACAGCGAGGACGAAAUCGAUGACGAGAAGAGGCUGGCAGGCGGAGCGAUAGACGGAGAGGAAACAGUGCUCCGAUAUCUCCAAUCACUGGGCUUACCUGAGACAACCGUCGCAAUGGUGAUCGGGGCCGUGAGGUCUCGGCCGGGAGGGUUAAGCUGGGCUUCGGAGAGAAUCAAUGGCACCCAAGCUAGCCGACUCCACGCUCUUGUUGGAAUUGACAACGUCGACAAGAGCCAUCUGCUGGUAUCGCCAAUCUUUUCGGGCCUGUCAAUCGCUAUCGGAUAUCUUUGUGGUGGGAUGAUGCCCCUGUUGCCGUACUUCUUCGCCUCGAGCGUCGGUCACGGGCUUCUGUGGAGCAUCAUCGUCUGUCUCAUUGCCUUGUUCAUCUUUGGAGCCGGAAAGAGCUGGUUAUUGGGCGAUAGGAAGACAUCACGGACACGAUGUCUAUGGGAAGGACUUCAGAUGACGUUGUUCGGAUGUUGCGCCGCGGGGGCUGCGGUGUUAUGUGUACGGUUGGUUGACCAGAAGUGGACGUGA